CUUUAAAUGACAACACCUCCCAGUCACUGGAGCCUGGGCGAGUUUUCGCUGCAACAAGCGCCGAGACUCACUAGUGAGUGUGAGCCCAGCAAACCACACCAAACCAAAGCACACAGGAAGGAGGAGGCUACCAACACCCCGAUCCUGUUUGUACUGUCUCUCUUUGUCCCUCGGAUUUGAGCACAGUCAGGAAUAAUUUACAGAGCUGCUGUGGAAAAACUGCAGGUCAGCACAUCGGAGGCUCAUCUUGAGGCUGCACACGCUUGGACAUGGAUUAUUGGUGCCCGUCUCCGUCGCUCUGGAUUUAGUUAAGUUGAGGUGUUGCGCGUCCGUCGUCUGCUCCCGGUUGAAGUGAGUGCCUCGAGAAACAGGUGGAUCCUGUUUUGUGUGUAUUUUUCACCCGCUGUAUCCACCGUGCACCUUUAUGGGGAACCAGGUGGAGAAACUGACGCACAUAAGUUACGCCGAGGUGCCGACCUCGGAUCCGAAUGGGUUCGACCCGGACUGCGACGACGACGGGCCGCGGAUCGGCGUGUCUUACAUUUUCUCCAAUGACGACGACGACGAGCAGGACGACCAUUUGGACCACUUUCCGCCGGGCAACCAGCUGACAAGCCAAGACGAGAAGCCCUUUGACCAGCAGGACGAGCUGGAAUGCGCGGUUUACUACCGAGACGAGUGCGUGUACGAGAGGAACACCGGAGCCGCGGAUAUGCGCACCACGCACACGGCGGAAAGUCUCCUGAACAAGUGCAGACCCGGUGAUCUGGUGGAGUUUGUGGCCACAGGACAGUAUCCGCACUGGGCUGUUUACGUCGGGGACUUUCAGGUGGUUCACUUGCACCGGGCUGAGAUAAAGAACAACUUUCUCACUGAUGUCAGCCAGGGCAAAAAAGGCAGGAUAGUGAACGGGCUGUACCGGUACCGUGCGCUCCCACCGGAGGUGAUUGUGCGCAACGCCUUGGACCAGGUCGGCGCCAGAGACAGAGAGCUGUACUGGAGGAACUCUGAGUGCUUCGCCGCCUGGUGCCGCUACGGCAAACGGGAGUUCAAAAUCGGUGGUGAGAUAAGGAUUGGCAAGCAGCCGUACAGGCUGAAAUUACUCUUCACCGAAAAGAAGAGCCAUGUCCUGGAGUUUCAGAGCCUGGAGGACGUGAUCAUGGAAAAGAGGAGAAACGAUCAGAUUGGCAAAGAUGCCGUGAUGCAAGAGCUCGCCAGCCACCUCAACACACCCCAUGAAAUCAAAGAUGAGCAUUUUGUGAACUGAUUGAUUGACGUGAGACGGUGAGAGUUUGAGAUGGUGGAUGUGCUCAACAUGAUUGCACAAUUUAGUGCGUAAAAAAAAUCCAAGCAUGUGUAUUGGAUGGAGAGCAUUUAGGCCUCACAUCAAUCCGUGAAGUGUUUUGACUGUGAGCUGAGGUGCAUGUGACACUGCAAAACAGUCUUCACCUUAACAAGUCAUCUUUUUUUUUUAAUGAAUGAGAAAAGGUCUGUUAAUGGGUAUGUGUGUGGCGGGGGGAGGGAGGGGGCACUAGUUUUUCAGUUUCACUGUUUUCAUGUGUUUUCUAGAAAUUGUUGAAAAAAACCUUUAAAAAAAAAAAGCAGAUCAGUGUAGCAGGGUUAAAGAAAGUAGACUUGGUUCAAAAAAGCUCUUGAAACGAGUUGAUUUGCAUCAAAACAAGUGAAACCUACUUCACUCUAAUGGCUCUUUUUUAUUUCUAAGAAUAAUCUUUUCCUAUGAAUACAUUAGAUGACUUGUUAUGAUGGACACGUUUGCAGUCAAGCUGCAUCUACAGACUAAACAUUUAGGGACGAAGUCUGACUUUAAUUGCCCACAAUUAACCUUAUCUAAUGAAUCUUUGCACAGAGGAGCAGAGCCUCUCCAUCGUACUCUUUGCCUGAUGAGGGUGCUGAAAAUGCUUGCUCCUGUUCAACUCAGGUGUUGGAGACCAAUACAGAGUGAAAAAAGACAGCUACCGCUUUUAUUGUUGUCAGUCAAUCUUCAAUAUUCCCUUCUACCGCUUUAUCUUCAAUCAUCACAAAGCUUUACCCACUCUUGACUGUAUUGUGGACGACGUUCACAACGGCAACUGUGCACUUUUAUUGAUUCAUGGGUUUCAACAAUUUAUUUUUUGGAAAAAGUUGUUUGUAUGAAGGAAUAUGGAAAUAAAUAUAUAUAUUUGAGCAUU